CUGACCUUUUCCGUUGGUUCUUUCUUGCAAGCAGCCAUGGUGCCUUGCCGUCAGUGAGUGGAGCCAUGGCAAAGUCAGAGAGGAUUCCAGGGCAAGAUUGGCACAGCGACAAGGAUCCUGGUGUUCCCAACUACUACUUUCUGAGGACAAGCAAACCGCUAAGGCCAAAACGACUGGCGAGGAGCGAGAGUGGUCCUCAUUUGAGUACGGCCCCUGUGGAAAACCAGCGCGUGCUUUGCCACGCGGGGCGGAGCACGUUGCGGAAGCCACUGAGCCUUGCGAGCCUGGCAGAGGAUCUGGCACCAGCUUUCCACAGUGAGUCAGUUGAGGAGCUGCCGCCUGGCAUCUACGAGUGCCGGUCAAAGCUCGAGGCAUUCCGGAGCGCAGCGGUGGAGGCCAUUUCUAUGGAGGCUCAGAUGCAAAUCGAGCAACAGAGGAAAAAUGCGCCUUCGCCAAAGGCUGAGAAGACCAAGCCCAAAAGACAGGUCGGCUACCGGCCAAAGCCAGCCACUGAAGGUCCGCCUGGCAUUGACGAGUGCAGAAGGAAGCUGCUCGCCUUCAAGGAGAUUGUAGAACGAGCAGAGCGCAGCAAAGACAAAGACGAGUCAGUGAGAUGGCAAGUGGGAAACUGACCACCGUAGGAGGAAGAGCAGAGCCACAGUCAGCACGGGAGAUGCUGUCCAUGCGCUGGCAUGGGUAGAUUGUGCUUGCUUCAAAGUAGGAAGCGUCCCUACUCACUGAGCGAACAGGUUUCAGUAUGCUUUGCU